AUGGAUGUCAACACGCCUUGGGUUGAAAAAUAUAGGCCGAAGUAUUUAUCAGAGGUAGUGGGAAACAGUUUUGUUGUUCAACGUUUGGCUGUCUUUGCAAAGCAUGGAAAUACACCGAAUAUUAUUAUUUCAGGGCCACCAGGUUGCGGCAAAACAACAAGUAUUUGGGCAUUGGCAAGAGAAAUGCUAGGAGACCGUCUAAAAAGUGCCUGCUUGGAAUUAAAUGCUUCUGACGACAGAGGAAUAGAUGUAGUAAGAAAUAAAAUCAAAAACUUUGCUCAAAGCAAGGUAACAUUGCCACCUGGGAGACACAAAAUAAUCAUAUUAGAUGAAGUAGAUUCGAUGACAGAGGGAGCCCAACAAGCGCUCAGAAGAACAAUGGAAGUGUAUAGUAAAACGACUCGUUUCGCACUCGCUUGCAAUCAGUCGAGUAAAGUUAUAGAGCCUAUUCAAUCUCGGUGUGCCAUUUUGCGAUUCACAAAACUUACUGAAGAGGAAAUUGCUAGACGGAUAUUACUUGUAUGUCAAGCAGAAAAAGUGGCUUUCGAUGAAACUGGAAUCGAUGCUGUAGUUUAUACUGCUCAAGGAGACAUGAGACAGGCACUCAACAACUUACAGUGCACAGUAGCUGGAUUCCGUAUCGUCACAGCAGAUAAUGUAUUUAAAGUUUGUGAUGAACCACAUCCAAAAAUGAUUAUGGAGAUUAUUGACCACUGCGUUACUGGGAGAGUUGUGGAAGCCAAUGAAAACAUUCACAAACUUUAUCGAAUGGGUUACUCAUCGGAAGAUAUUCUAAACAACAUGGUUCGUAUAUGCAAAACAAUCAAUAUCCCAGAAUACCUGAAAUUAGAGUAUAUAAAGGAAAUUGGUUUGUGCCAUGUAAAAGUAGUAGAAGGACUGAGUUCGCUACUUCAAUUAUCUGCUUUGAUUGCUCGAAUGUGUCUCAAACAAAGUGUGAUAUCAUAA